CGGGGAGAAGUCAUAGGGAGAAGUACAUUUUCAGAGAGCGAAUCAGGAUGAAGAUAAAUAGACACUAAAGAUGGCGACGAAGGGAGGUUUAACAGAGAAAAUCAAGUCAGAAACCACGUAGAAGCGAAUGCGGCGAAAUGGGAUUAACAUAUAUUUUUUAGAGUUAUUGUCUGAAAUGCUGCUUCGUUUUUCACCGAGGCUAAAACUAGCUAGCGCUAGCUAGUGCUGGCUCGCUAACGUUUGUUUUUAAGUGCAGCUUGUGGGACUUAGCGUUUAAGUUAGCUGUAAGCACUGCUAUCCCACAAUCUAUAGAUGCUAGUUGUAAAUUAACAUCGCUGCCGAGGUUCUGUGGAUUAACGUCAAACUAAAAAAGUUACAAGAUAUCAAUGCGUAACGUUUUUGAGUUCAGUUUCAGUUCAUGUCCCUGAAUAUUGUAUCUAAAGUUAACUUGACUGCAUAACGUUAGCCUCCACGGGACGCUGAAGAGUGUGUUAACGUUAGCUGAAAUAGAUACCGUCAUGUAUUUUUUAACUGGUUGGCCUCGAAGGCUUCUGUGCCCUCUCAAAAGUGCGGAGGAACCGUUUCACAUUCAGCCCAGCAACCAGAGGCUUUUAUUCGCGGUUUUGUCUGAAACUCAGCUGAGUAUUUGGUUCAGCCGGCCUAGUGUCCUAAUAGUGAGCUACAUUGAGUCAGUGAAGGCAGCCACCCGGUUUGGAUUUUAUCAGCAGUCUGAAUGGAAGCCAGACGAUUCCAUGAUAGCUGUAGUGGCUUCAAAGGGAUACAUCCUUUUGUUUGAUGUGGUUGGAGGCGGUGAUGAUAAAUACCUCUAUGAACCUGUCUACCCCAACAGGGGCAGUCUGCGAGUUAAGGUAACUCCAGGGUAUAAGGAUGAACAGUGUGCUCCUGCUCUCGGCCUAGAGAUGAAGAAACCGGUUGACCUCGAGGCCCCCAUCACCAGUCUACAGAGUCUGCCAGACGACCUAGUGGUAGCCACAGCUGAUGGUUAUUUGCAUAUCCUGCACUGGGAUGGUGUGAGCAAUGGCCACAAGGCCAUCAGCCUCUGCACGGUCCCAUUCAGUUUGGAUUUGCAGUCGUCCAGAGGUGGACCAUGUUUAGACCUUGAUGGGGUCCAUAUCCGAGACAUGGAGUAUUGUGUUACUCUGGAUGGCUUUGCUGUUGUUUUUGAUGAUGGAAGACUGGGCUUCAUCACGCCAACAGCCAACAGAUUUACUGCUGAUCAGCUACAGGGAGUCUGGGCAGCUGAUGUGACUGAUGGCACAUGUGUAGCAGUCAAUAACAAAUACAGACUGAUGGCAUUUGGCUGUGCAAGUGGUUCAGUGUUAGUCUACAUGAUUGAGACUACAACAGGAUCGAUGCAGCUGUCCCACAAACUGGAGUUGACCCCAAAACACUAUCCAGAUGUAUGGAAUAAGACGGGCCCGGUCAAGCUGAUCCGUUGGUCGCCAGACUACAGUGUUGCCAUGGUGACAUGGGAAUGUGGUGGCUUUUCUCUUUGGAGUGUGUUCGGAGCUCAGCUUAUAUGUACUUUGGGAGAGGAUUUUGCUUAUCGGUCUGAUGGCACCAAAAAGGAAACAUUAAAGAUCAACUCCAUGUGCUGGGGUGCAGAGGGCUACCACCUGUGGGUGAUUGGCAGGAGUGAAGGAGGCAUGGACAGCCCAACCACACUCCAGCAGUCUGGCAUCCUACAGUUUCAGUUCAUCAAGAGUGCACUCACGGUCAACCCAUGCACGAGUAACCAGGAGCAAGUGCUCCUACAUGGUGAGGACCGGCUUUACCUGACAUGUGGAGACUCCACUCAGGCCCAAAGCAUCCCUGAUCCACACCUGCCUAAGGAGAACAGCCCACAUCAUGGGCCCACUUCACUUCCUGCCACCUCCCCUAGCAUUGCUCAGGGACUCAGCACUUUACUUGGCCAUAAACACUGGCAUGUGGUCCAGAUUCAUAGCACAUAUCUAGAGAGUAACUGGCCCAUACGGUUUUCAGCCAUAGACUCUGCUGGCCAGUGUAUGGCUGUAGCUGGGAGACGUGGAUUUGCACACUACUCGUUAUACACCAGGAAAUGGAAACUCUUUGGGAAUAUCACCCAGGAGCAGAACUUGACCGUGACGGGAGGCCUGGCCUGGUGGAAUGACUUUGUUGUUAUUGCCUGUUAUAAUUUCAUUGAUCAGCAGGAGGAGCUGCGGCUGUACCCACGUUCCUCAAAUCUGGACAAUGCCUUUGCUAGCACAACCAAGCUGCACUCAGACACUCUGCUGCUUAAUGUGUUCCGCGACAUGGUGGUCCUCUUUAGAGCAGACUGCUCAAUCUGUCUCUACAGCAUUAGCAGGAAGCAAGACAGUUCAACCCCCUCAACAUGUGUAGAGUUGCUGCAGGAAGUGUCCAUGUCGCGUUACAUCCCUCACCCUGGUCUGGUGGUGUCUGUCACACUUACCUCAGUACGUACAGAGACGGGCAUAUCCCUCAAAGCCCCUCAGCAGGCCUGCUUAGCAGAGAGCAUCAUGUUAAAUCUUGCAGGACAACUUAUUAUGCUGCAGAGAGACCGUUCAGGCCCACAGGUACGGGAGAAAGAUUCAACGCUCAGUCAAAAGAAGUUGCUACCGUUCUGUCCCCCAGUAGUACUGGCCCAGUGUGUGGAGAACGUGUGGACGACGUGCCGCAGCAGCCGAAAGAAACGCCACCUGUUGGAGGCUCUGUGGUUGUGGUGUGGGGAUGCAGGGAUGAAGGUGUGGCUACCACUCUUCCCACGGGACCACCGCAAGCCUCACUCAUUCUUAUCACGCCGCAUCAUGUUGCCUUUCCACAUUAAUAUCUAUCCACUAGCUGUGCUUUUUGAAGACGCACUGGUGCUGGGCGCCAUAAAUGAGACUGUGCUGUAUGACGGUGUAGGAGGAGGGGCAUGUGCAGCCACUGAACCACUUGAGGCCAUAUUCCCCUUCUGCACAGUGGAGCGUACCUCUCACAUAUACUUGCACCACAUCCUUAGGCAACUGCUUGUGCGCAACUUAGGUGAGCAGGCGCUAAUGCUAGCUCAGUCUUGUGCCAGUCUGCCCUACUUCCCUCAUGUUCUGGAGCUGAUGGUGCAUGUGGUGCUGGAAGAGGAGGCCACUUCCCGAGAGCCCAUCCCAGAUCCACUGCUGCCUACGGUUGCCAAGUUCAUCACAGAGUUCCCCUUUUUUCUGCAGACCAUUGUGCACUGUGCACGCAAGACUGAGUAUGCACUCUGGAAUUACCUUUUUGCUGCUGUAGGUAACCCCAAAGACCUCUUUGAGGAGUGCCUCAUGGCCCAGGAUCUGGACACAGCAGCGUCCUACCUUAUAAUCCUUCAAAACAUGGAAGUACCAGCAGUGAGCCGCCAGCAUGCAACAUUGCUCUUCAACACUGCUUUGGAGCAGGGUAAAUGGGACCUUUGCCGUCACAUGAUUCGCUUCCUCAAGGCUAUUGGCUCAGGAGAGGCUGAGACUCCACCCACUACACCAACCACCCAGGAGCCCUGCUCAUCAGGAGGCUUUGAGUUUUUCAGGAACCGAAGCAUUAGCCUCUCCCAGUCAGCAGACAGCAUUGCAGCAGGGAAAUUCAGCCUACAGAAGACCUUUAGCAUGCCCUCUGGUCCUUCAACUAAAGGGGCAGAUCGCUGGAACAAGGAUGGUGACUGUGCAGAAAAUAUGUACAUUGAUAUGAUGCUGUGGCGCCAUGCACGACACCUUCUAGAACAGGUUAGGCUGAAGGAGCUGGGCUGUUUCUCAACACAGCUGGGCUUUGAGCUGAUUGGCUGGUUAUGCAGGGAGCGUACACGAGUGGCACGCGUGGAUGAUUUUGUCAUUGCACUCAAACGAUUACACAGUGAUUUUUUAUGGCCCUUCCCGGUAAUCCCUGCCUGUGCACUCAACUCUCCACUCAAGAAUGGACGUCGUACAGUAUUAAGCACACAUAUGCUAAAGUCCCAGUCAGCUGACAGCCUGCUGAAUAGCAACAUGGAAACAGCUCUGCCUGCAGUUGUUCCCACCAACAACAGUUGGCUAGAUGGAUUGGGUGCCAGGUCUAAAGAGAUGGACUUGGCCUCCUCCCAUGGAGUCCCUGAAACACAGGAGGCUUUCUUGUCCCCACUCAUCAACAAAGUUGAGGAGUGCAGUAUUGGUUCAGCCACUGAUCUGACUGAGACCAGUUCCAUGGUGGAUGGUGAUUGGACCAUGGUUGAUGAGAACUUCACCACCUUGUGUCUUAGCCAGUCAGAGCUGGAACAUAUAUCCAUGGAGCUUGCCAAUAAGGGUCCUCAUAAAUCCCAGGUGCAGCUCAGAUACCUGCUUCAUGUAUUCAUGGAGGCUGGCUGCCUGGAAUGGUGUGUGAUAAUUGGACUGAUCCUGAGGGACAACAACAUAAUCAAGCAAGUGGUCGGCUUCCUGGAGGGUCCUGAUGUCCUGCCUGAGACUGUUAUAAGCAUUCGAAGUGGCCUCCUUGCAGUGGACGCUUGGGCCUCAUCUGACUGCUUGGGAUACAAGCCAUUCUUGAAGCUGAUUCAGCCACAGCUACAGAAACUACUAGAGAGUACAGUGGAGCCAGUUAACCCAGAGUCCUUUCAGCCUGCCAAUGUUACCAAGCUGCUAGAGCCAGCCAUCCCAAGGUUGGAAGAACGGGGUGGAUCAGUGCCUCUUGGGCUUUCCUUAUCCCUGGAGGCUCCUGGAUCAGGUCCUCUAGAAGACCGACCAGAGGAGGAGGAGAAGGAACAUAGCCCAGAAGAAGGCACAUAUGACUGUACUCUGUCUUGAUCUCCAACAUUUCUGCAUUCUCUGAAACAACCAGGCAGUAGUGUGGUCCAGGGGAUAUGGAUGGACAAGAAGACAUCAGACCUAAAACUGGAGUCUUACACACCAGGACCCUCAUCAAUACUCUUUGCAAUUUUGAAAUGUUUUAUUGUUUUCCUGCUUUAAUGCUUUUCUAUGUUGGGAGUGUGUCCAUAUGUUUGGACACAGAGGGAUGUGUGUAUGAUUUUUCCAGGUGUGGAAUGAGUGUCUUUGUUCCGUCACUCCGUCACUCAUAUUAGAUCUCCCCCCACAGUUUCAGUACAUUUGUCACAGGCUUUUACCACCGAAUACACACAGCUACAGAACCUGCGUACAGAAAUUGACCAGCUGAAUAUUGGCUGGUUUUAAAAAUCCUGUUUUGUACAGUGACCUUGUUUGAAAUUGAGUUUUGAAGAUCAUUUAUUGAAGGCACACCAAGCUUUCUACCAAAAUAGAAAUAUCUGUUUGCUCUUAAUGAAAACCCAUUUCAGGGUCAACACACAACAACCAACAGCUAGCAUGCAUGACUCAUAGCAGUUCCAUUCAGUUUGUCUGAAUGACUUCACAAAAUGGUAAAGGUGUUGCAUACUAUAUGUGUGGUGGGGUCGGAGAGGUGAUUUUACACAAAUAAAAGGAAUUUAUAGAGGGUUCUGGGGCCCAGUUUUCUUUCUCUGUCAGCUGAUUGUAAUUAUGGUUAGCAGUUACAUGUAGAGGCUCAGACAAUGCAAGUGACCCAGUGGUUAUUCCAGUUGAGCUUUCCUUUUCGAAGCAACUAAAUAUAAUAUAUAUCAAAGCCAAAGACACAGAAUACAUCACGACCACACCCACAACUAUACUCACAAGCAAUGUUAGUUGGCUUGAACAUUGAUAAUUAUUCAUACAUGUAUUUGAAAAUGUCUACAUGAUCUUGACAAAGGAUAUUUGUCCUGGUAAUGCAACAUGUUGAUCUUGGUUAGCAAUUUACUGCCAGAAAGCUGUAUGGUAGCUGUAUAAAACAUUCCAUUAUAUUUUACACAUCACGUUUGUGGUUUCAAUCUGUUUGCUCAAACUCUCAACUUCAUGUUUCUUCUACAAUAAAAUCAAGUAGCCACCCACAGGUUACCUCAAGCAUAUUGGCAACUUCAAAGCAUUUUCCCCCUCACUACAGCCAUGUAUACAAACUGCUGGAUGUUCCAUGUAAUUGAAGCACAAAACGCAGUGCCUGUGUUUUACAUCAUGCUUUUUGCUGUCCUUGAUGUCUAUAGGUAGUCUAAUGUGCAUCAACAGAAUGGUGCAUAAAUCUUGACAGGCUAAUGAUGGACACCACUAGCCAGCUGCCAAUCAUAAUGACAUGCUAUUUUGGUUCUACAGGAUUGUAGAAUGAGAAAGUGAAUGACUUAAGAUCAUCCAAGAAUGGUCUGUAAUACUUGCAAAAUAUUGGUUUAGGAUCGACCAGUCGAUUUAUUUAGAUGUUUAUGUUAGAUGAUUCAGGUUGUGAACUUGAAUGUAUGACUUGGACAAGAAAGUGUACAGUAUACAUGUAAAACGAAGUGUGAGUGAGCAAUGGAAUGACCUCUAUUCAUUGAUUUCAUAUAACUUCAACCUUCUGGCAGUAAAAUCUUUCUGUACAACCUAUGAGGGGAAAUGAGAAUAUAGUCCUGAUUUGUUUGAUUUAUGCCUAUCCAGUGGGCCUCAUGCAGCAACCUCAUUAAGCACUGAAGAGCAAGAAACGGACAAUUAUUAGGACUAUUUUAUCACUGCAUUUACCUGGACAACUUUUCAGCUUGUGUGGUGUUCCUAUGCUGUGGUAUUUAUUUUUUUGGUUGUGCAGAAUAUUGAAUAUAUAAGACACAUUUUGACCUCCUAAACAUAAUGUCUUACAUUUUGUUCUAAAAGUAUUCACUGUAAUCUGACUUUGAUGAUUUAUGAUUAACACUUUUGUAGGGUCUGUUUCUUGCAGGGAACUAUGAUCUAAAGUAUAUUAAAUUGCUGUUUGUUGAAUAGUAGGUUCAUAAUUAUUCUUUAGGAUAAUUAUGUCUUAGCACUGGCAGAAAAAUUAAACUCUAAAAAAUUGUAGCCCAAAUCAUUCUCAAACAGAUGUAACGGCCCAUUCUACUGCACCAGUAUUAUUUAUGUGCAAUGUAAUUAUUUCUGUCAAGAUUAUUUACCCCCAGCCACCCCACCCCCCCAGCCGCUGAUGGUGUGAGUCACUGAAACCAAAGAGUGUGCAUACAGUAGUAUUACAAUUGUGUGUUGCCAUUAAAAGCACACUAGAGUCCCUACCCUUCCUUCAUGCAUCUCUCUUACCUUUUUGUAUUUAUUCUAUGUACACAAAUAAAUUAAAUUGUGAAGACAGUUUUCUAAAUAGUUUUCUGGAAACAAAAAGAGAUAAUGUGUACAAGAUUUACUUCCUAUUAGCACUGUUUGAGAGUCCAAAUUCCUAUUAGCACUGUUUGAGAGUCCAAAUUGUAAAGUGGGGUGUGAUUGAUGUGUUGUACUCUGUUCAUGCUUAAAGAUGUAUGUAAUAACGAGUGAUAAUAUAGUGUUUCAAGGUGGGAGAUAACCACUUUCUUUCUGUGGACGGUAAAGUAUUGCUCUUUGGCACAGAGAUGUUUUCUGAUCUUACGACAGUAUAAAUGCAGGUCUCCUGUACAGUUUUUUAUUAUUAUUAUUCUCUCUAGUUUUCUAUUUCCUGUAUAUAAAGAAUAAAUUAUUUUUAAAAACAA